AGCUUUGAGCCCAGAGGAUGCUUCAUCACACCAGCCACUGGAUGCCUUUCCAAGCAGGAGAAAGCUGAUCUCAGGCCUGUAGCUGAGGCUGAACCCCUGAGAAGCGGAUGAAGAAACAAAUCUUACUACGUUUCACAUACAGAGGACUAGUCAGCAAAGGAAAAAAGAGCAAAAGAAGAAAAUGGCCAGUUUUAUAUUACGGAAAGCCGAGCCCAAGGACGUGUCUGACAUACUGCGACUCAUAAAGGAACUGGCAAAAUUUGAAGAAAUGGAAGAUCAAGUUAUUCUUACUGAGAAAGAUCUGCUGGAGGAUGGGUUUGGAGAUCAUCCGUUCUAUCACUGUAUCGUGGCUGACGUGCCCAAACAGCACCAGAGCGCCGACAGUCAUGUGAUCAUUGGCUUUGCCAUGUAUUAUUUCACCUAUGACCCCUGGAUUGGGAAACUGCUCUACUUGGAGGACUUCUACGUCAUGAAGGAGUUUCGGGGUAUGAAUGUGACCUUAUAUAUUUGUGUUAUCAAAUUGUCAGAGACACCGUCAUGUAACACACUUUUCUCUCUAUUAAAAUUAGGUUUUGGAAUUGGGUCUGAAAUCCUGAAGAAACUGAGUCAGAUGGCGGUCAGGACUCGGUGCAGCAGCAUGCACUUCAUCGUGGCGGAGUGGAACAAACCCUCCAUCGACUUCUACAAGCGGCGCGGAGCGUCUGAUCUCUCGCUGGAGGAAGGAUGGAGGCUCUUCAAGAUCGACAAGCAGAACCUGCUCAAGAUGACCAAUGAGGAGUGAAGCAGAUGUCAGGAGGAAACCCACUGCAGAAUAUCAUCUAGUGUUGUCUUCAAACUAUGAUUGAUCCUCUGGUGCUGGUAUCCGCUGAAGUGGACAGAUCGUCAAAAAUCAUUUUGAAGCCUUCAGGGUGUUACAUCCAAAACCUUUAAUUCUUACCCAUAAUUCUCUGUGAAUGUCCCCUUUAUAUGUCAUUGUGUUUUUAUGACAAGUUUAAAAUGUGUAAUUCUCUUAAAAUAAGUUAUUUUGAAAGAUUCUUGUUUUUAAAAGGAUACAUUAAGAUAUCUUCUUUUCCUUUGUGAUUUAAUAAUUCAUGCAUCAGAGACUUUCUGCUUAUCAUGCAAUGCACUGAUGUUUAUAUAGACGUGGCAUAUUUACUCCUCUGUAUACUUCAAGCUUAAAUUCUACUGAAAAAUUAAAAUA